UGGCUGGUCACCUGGGCCGCAGUGCCUUUGCCAGCGGGGCUCGGAGGCGGACGCCAUGGAUCUGCUCGGCUCGCUCAAGUCCUACUUCACCACCAAGUAUGUCAUCACCGACAACCUCAUGUGUCGGAUGCACCACAAGGCGUCCGUGGGGGUUCUGCUGGCCUUCAGCAUACUCGUAACUGGCAAGCAGUACGUGGGCGACCCGAUCGACUGCAUCAGCAAGGACUCGGUGCCUGGGAACUUGCUAGACACCUAUUGCUGGAUACACAAAACCUUCAGUGUGGCCACAGCGUGGCACGGAAAACUGGGCGACGAUGUGGCCUACCCGGGAGUGGCUCCUCACACCGAAGGCGAUCCCAAGGUGUACCAUGGCUACUACCAGUGGGUGUGCUUCGUGCUGAUGCUGCAGGCGCUCUUCUUCUACGUUCCCCGCUACCUCUGGAAGACCAUCGAGGGUCGUCGCAUUCAGAGCCUCACGGAACAGCUAUCGUCUCCCAUGCAAGACAGAGCGACCCUUGAGAAAGCCCGAGGCAUGGUCGUCGACUACCUUGUCGCCAACAGGGGUUAUCACGGAGGCUACUUCUCUGGGUUCGUGUUCACCGAAAUGCUCUACUUCGUCAACGUAGUGGCACAGAUAUUCAUCAUGGACAAGUUUCUGGGAGGAGAGUUUUCAACCUACGGAGCGCGCGUCAUCGAGUUCACCGAAUGGCACUGGGAGGCCCGCUAUGACCCGAUGAUCAAGGUGUUCCCGCGAAUGACCAAGUGUACCUUCCACAUGUUCGGUACCUCCGGAGACUUGCAGAAGCAUGACGCCGUCUGCGUGCUCCCCAUCAACAUCAUCAACGAGAAAAUCUACGUCUUCCUCUGGUUCUGGUUCGUCAUACUGACCAUCAUCACGGGCCUCUUUCUCAUCUACAGGGUGGUCAUCAUCGUGUCCAGCUCCGUCCGCUUCCACAUCAUGUACAGCCGAAACCGCAACGUCGACUCGGAGAACCUUCGAGAAAUCGUGCAGACCGUCAGCACCGCUGACUGGUUCAUCCUCUACCAGAUCAGCAAGAACGUCGAACCGGGCCACAUGAAAGAAUUCGUGAAUGAUUAUGCUCAGGAACUGGACGUCGGCUCCAAGGCGAGCAGACAGAAGCUUAGGGACAGCAAGUGAAAAUUUGACCGUUGUGACGUCGCUCAAUACUGCCCAAAAACGAUACAGCCGGGAGUGUUCCAUCUUCAUUUUUUUCUUCAGCGUGGUGUCGAUGAGAGAUCAAUCGUUAAGUGAAUGAGUGUGUCGCCACAGGAAGGCGUGAUAUGCGAUGUUGCGGACAGUGUAUCUGAAUUUGGUCGUCCCCACCGAUUCAAGUCACCAGGCCACGCUUACAAACGCGCAUGCAGUCGACGGUAAAGGCUGUUUCCAACGCUGUUCCCAUGUUGUACCCAACGGACACUUCUGAUAGCGUUCUUUUGGGUAUUGUAAGAUUGGUUUGUAGAGCGUGGUGGCUGCGCAUGUUUUACAUUUGUUGGUGGUACCGGAUAGAGUAAUAACAGUUACUGGUACUAAGAAGAACGUUAGUAUAUUUUAAACGAUUUUAAACUGGUGUGUCUGAAUGAAAGACAAACGUUUCAAUGGAGUAGGGUGUGACAAUAUCAAGGGUCAGAGUGAACAGCUAGAGAGGCGAGGACUAGAGCAGCGUAUCCCCGAACGGAGCUUCUGCAUACUACAGUAUUAUUUUGCAUUUCCUGUAAGGCAACGAAUCUUAGUUAUCUGCGUUAGUAUAGUAAGAAACAAUCAUGCUAAAAUUGCCAAGAAGAAUAACGGAAAAGUUUCGCCUUGCAGUUCACCAGCAAGGGUAGUCCGAGAAGUUAGUGUCAUGACAAGCUGGUUUUGUCUAGUAAUCCGUGAGGUUGUUCGACGUGCUUUCUGCGUAGGCGAGGUCCAGUGAAGCUAUCGUAGCCGCCGACAUGCCGAGCGUUAUCGACGAGCGUUUGUCAUCGAAGAGCUCUAUCUUUCGUCCCUGAGUGACCGCAAUCACUGAAGGGCUUUUGAAGGACGCACGUUGCUGCCACUAGGAUCUGCUUCCACCACGAGAUGGCACCACCAAACACAGAUAGCGCUGCAGUGAAACGCAGCGCGCAAACCACGUACGUAUUUACAUAUGUUUAACUGUGGCUGCGCUAUUGCGCAAGUGUUGGUUGUCCUGAUCGCAAGCACUUCGCUGCGUAUUAUUAUAAUUCGCGACAUGUUUCUGCUCUGAACGACCAGAGUCUUUUUUUUUUUUUUUUUUGGGGUUAUGUAGAAAUGCUACACCGCAGCACGAGCUUCGUAAGAAACAAAGCGGCGAGUCAAAGUUACUUUAACGGAACGAAAGCAUGCCAUAUACUAACAAUACAUUGCGUAGUAAUUGUUUAAAACUUUAAUUACCCUGUGUGAUUUCAAAAAUGAGCUUCUGAGGCAUAAACAGAGAUUGCCGGUAGAUAUUUUCGGUAAUUCAUUCUUUUUUUGAGGGCGCGAAGGGGGGUAGUGGGUAAAGGAAAGAGGGAGGAAAAAGGGUAUAAAGGUGAUGAUGCACAUACUUAUAACACUGGCUUCAGAUGCUACAUCAAAAAUAUAAGAAUGAACAAAUAUGACAAGGAGCACAUUUAUGUAUGCACGCAUUGCCCAUGUGAAUUACAAGCGUGUGAACAACAGCCGUUUGACAGUGGCAAAGAGUACGUGGUGCCAUGCUUUACAGCCCCAAAAUAUAAUUGCAAACAGAAAGUGAUGGCAUUUGGCUGCGUUUUAAAUUAAGCUGCUCCUAGGCAAAAUGGAAGUUUACGUUCAAUGUUCUCAAUCACUCUGCCACUUUCACUUUUCUUUAGAUAACCAACGUGCCAGAGCACUUCUAACUCGCCGUCUAUAAGUAAGUGAAGAUAGAACUAAGUCAAGCUCAUGAGAUUAACGGACAUGAUUGAGACAGUUCAGCACAAUAAUUGGGCCAGCAUCAAUUGGCUCGUGGUAAAAACACGAAUUUUCAACCAAGUAUACUUUUCUGUGUCUGUCAUUCUCACACUCUCAACGAGAGCUGAAGGGCAAACGCUUACACAAAGAAAAGCAAGAAAUUACUUAAGUAUCACCCGCCUUAUGUGCAUAAAGAGUCUACAUGCUUUUAUGUAUUUCGCUCGUUAAACAUGCGGUGAGAAAAGGGACAAAACAUACGAUGGAAGCAAAAAGUCGAACGUAAGAAAAGAAUGUCACCGUCUUGCUAUGGGCUUAAUUGAGCCUCUGUGCUUUUGAUGAAACUAGAUAAUAGUCCUGUGAGUGAACAGGCAGUACUAUAGAGCAUCGUCUCCGCCAGAAGAAUGGUGAUCAGCGGGUCAGAAGGCAGUGAAUGCACUUUUGUGCUUUCUGAGAACGUCUGGUUUGCACGAGCGGCUUUGACUCAAUGACUGUCUGUGCACGUCUCUAUACCCUCUCUCUCUCUCCAUCCUCUCUCUUUCCCCAGUGUAGGGUAGCCAACCAGUCUUGACUGGUUAACAUCCCCGCCUAUCUUCUCUCUCUCUCUCUCUCUUUCUCUCUGUGAUUUUGUUGUUGUUAGCAUUCGCCCCGUAUGCGCAAACUUUCCUCAACUCGAAUGACUUCCUCGAGGCCAUAGAGUAGGUACCUUUCUACAGACACGCUCAAGCGCUAUGCGUAGAAGUGGGUGUGAAAGCUUCCUGUUAUCGAGUGCACCACAGCGCCGCUCCUAGUCUGAAGAAGCAACGCUGUUUCAUUCUGCUUCCUUCAACACUGCUUCAACGCUUCAUUAAAUCUCCUCGGUGAUACUUUCGGCGCGGUUACUUCAAAAAAAAAAAAAACACACCUUCACUUCAGUGUAUCGAGUAGACGCCGGAAAAAGACAGAGAAUCCUACAGGAAUUACUUGAUCCAACUCUAACGCCGCCUCCGCUACAGCUACCGCGGGUACCGUGGAUUUGUCUAAGUGUGUGGCCUUCAGACGCUCUUGUGGUGUCACUUUUUACGCAUAAUCUUUGUAAAUUUCUGAGAAAUCAUAGUUUUCUAAACCCAGCGAUGUAACUAGUCUCUGCACGCGCGCGUAAUCCUUGCGCAUGUGUGUUAACUAGAGCAUGGCGACGAUGACGUGUUGCCGCCUCCUUCAGCUAGCAUCCGGCGCUUCAGCGUCCUUUACUCCAUAGAGUUUCUUGCAAGACUUACUAGAAGGGACUCUGGCGCUACGACCGUUCAGCCCGCAUCAGAAUGGUGGUCAGUAAAUGGAUUUGUAAGAUUUUCGAGCUUGUGGCUUCAGACGUUCUUGUUGGUUGAGCUCACUGCGCUUUCUCUGCCUUUAUUGGCCUAAAUUGCAAAGUAAUACAUAGUUACCUAAAUUCAGAAGGCCAAGAGACUCUGCGAACACGCAUAAUCGCUACUAACUGCAGCAGUUCCGCCUAUCGACGUGACCUAAUCGAAAGGCGCCAAGCGUCUCAACGCGUUGGCUGGCCCGCGAGGAAAGUCUUAAGUUGUUCCGUGCCGGUUGACGACGCAUGCGUCCGUAACAAGUUCAGUGCUUGACGGCGAAGAUGAGUUUAGCAAGAGAUGGCAGGAGUGCCAGAAGCGCCUGCAGCAGAGAAGGGUCUUUAUGUAGAUGUGUGAUUCUCCUUCUCUCUCUCUCUCUCUGUCUCUCUCUCUCUGCGUUAGGAAGCCUGUGAAAAGCGCUUCGAUGUAUGGUAUUUAGUAAAGCAAUGAAGGGGGCUAGUUUGUGAACGUUCAUGAUUAUAUUGCACUUAUAAUCAUGUAUGGUAUUUGAUAUGCCAAAUAAAAAAAAAGAAUUUGGAAGAAACCGUGUGUUCUCGCGUGAGGCACUGUCAUGUACAAGACAGCCACUCAAAUCUGUGAUAUAUAUGUCACUCCUGAUCAU